AUGUGGUUCAAGGGAUUUGGCCUUGGGCUCUUCAUAGUCCUGGCUGCUGUCCUGAUGCUGGGCACCUUCGCUGCUGACUAUCCAACCUUCCUGGAACAUCACUUCGAUGACCCCAAGAGCAACGUGGGAGAUCAUUACUGUAAUAAAAUGAUGCAAAGACGCGGAAUGACCAAACCCAAAACUAAGGAGGUCAACACCUUCAUCCAUGACACACAGAACAACAUCAUAGCUGUGUGCGGGGAUGGCGGAGAAGCCAUUGACAACAGAUUGCGGUGUAGCAAGAAGCAAUUCCGGGUUACCACCUGCAAGAUGAAGGGGUCUUCUACGAAGCCUCCUUGUGAUUACAGAGAAAACACGUCACCCAGAUAUAUUGUCAUUGCUUGGGAGAACGGAUGGCGAUGUGGCGCAGCGAGUUUGACAUCCGUGCUCUAG